CAAAGCUUUCCUUCCAGGGAUCAUUCAUUCAUGGCGUCGCGACAGCAACAGCGAGCAGGAGCAGAGAGCAUGAGCCGCCAUCAUGGCGGCAUCGGGAUCGGGAUCCGCGCAUGUGAUCGGCGACGUGACCAUCUCCUCGUCGUCGUCGUCCGGCCGCCGAGCUAGGUGUAGCUAGCUCGUCGCUUUUACAGCUCACAAAGGCCGGCGUCCCGGCCGGCCACGCGGUGGAGGAUGGAGCCACUCAUGGCGGAUAAAAUAUUGGAUCCCGAGCUCGGAAAAGGCGGAUGGCGUAGGUGAAAGUGGUGGUGGUGUGGAGCAGUGGAGGCCAUGGCGGAGACAAGCCCCAGGAAUCUUCGCCUCCGCGCCCCAAUCAUGGCGCCCUAGCUUCUCUACUUGUUGCCUCGCGCUCUUCGUCUCGGCCUCCUAUGAUCGUUUCUCUCGACGACGACGGCGGCGGCGGCGGCGGCGGCGGAAUGGAGCUGGAAGUGGAAGACAUGGUCGAGUGGUAUCAAUGCGGUGUCGGGUCGGGUUCGUCGGCGACGGGGGUGGAGCUGAUGCUCAGGGAGCUGAGGGCGGAGCUGGAGGUGGAGCGGCGGAUGCGGCGGAAGGCGGAGGCGCUGAGCGAGGUGCUCGCCGUGGAGCUCGAGGAGGAGAGGCGGCGGGGCGGGGCGGCGGAGGCGGAGUGCAGGAGGAUGCGGGGGGAGGUCGGCGAGAUGCGCGCGGAGGUGGAGCGCGCGCUGGAGGAGAUCGACGAGGAGCGGCGGAUGCUCCGCGUCGCCGAGCUGUGGCGGGAGGAGCGCGUCCAGAUGAAGCUCGCCGACGCCAAGGCCGCCAUGGAGGAGGUGCUGCGGGAGAUCGCCGCCGCCGAGCUGAUCGACGCAGCCGCAGCCGUAGCCACCGCCACCGCCGACGACAAGAAGAUCAGCAGCACCAGCAGCAGUCCGACGACGUCGAUCAAGUCAAGCCCCACGAACCACCAGAGCCAGGCGACGAGCGGCCAGCUGCACCGGCGAGAGGUCGCCGGCGGCGAGAACCCGCACAUCGCGAGAGGGAUCAAGGGGUUCGUGGAGUUCCCGAGGGCGGUGCGCGUGCGGCCGCGCGAGGAGAGGGUGGAUCUCGUCUCCAACCUCGAGUGCCAGCGCGCGCAGCUGCGCGCCCUCACCCGCCACCGCAACCCUCCCGCCGGCGUAGGCCUCGCCGCCGCCGCCGCCUCACAUAGCCUCGUCCUAUAAUCUACUCCUAAUCUAGUGCUUACUACUCCACUAACUAAUGAUGAUGUAUUACUAAUACUGUGACUUAUCAAGUGAUUCAAGUGUCUCUUUUAAGUUCUUGUGUUCUUGGCAAUCUCUUGCCCUCUUCUGUUUCUGGGCAUUCACAUUUUGACACCAGAUUACU